AUGUUUCCCAUCGAUUACUUGAUCAUCCUCUUUGCCUCCACUACCCUGGCCCUUCCUGGCAAGCCAGCAGUCUUCCUCGACAAUGUCCCCACGACAACGACCGCUCCCGCUCCUGAGCAGGCACUCAGCUGCGAUUACAGCUACUGCGAUGAGAACCAUGUUUCGUGGUGCUUCCACUUCGUUCCCUUCACUACCAUCGACCCAACACUGGGUCCCAUGCCCGGCGAGACAAGGGCUUCUGUCGGAGUCUGUGGUCCCAAGACGGCGAUGCCAGUCCCAACAUAUCGAUAA